CCUGGGUGGGCUCCCGCACACGAAACUGCGCCAUGGAGCCAUCAAUAAGGUGGCGCUUUCUGUUUUCCCUUUUCGUGACGAUUCUUCUUACCCAAUUGCCAUUUGUGCGGGCACAAGACACAGUUGCGUCGAUUGAGAAAGCCUCAAACGACACGCUGCUAUGGGGUCCCUACCGCCCCAACUUAUACUUCGGCGUCCGGCCACGCAUACCGAAGAGCUUGAUGGGUGGGCUGCUGUGGACGAGAGUUGAGGAUUAUGCUAGCGUGCAGAAUAACUUCCGACACACGUGCGAGCAACAUGAACUCGACGGCUAUGGCUGGGACGAAUACGACGUGCGAACUGGUGGCCGACAAACAAUUCACGAUCCUGCGAAUGGCAUCGAUAUUACGACAGAAUUUGUGAAGAUCCCCGGGGGUCAACAUGGCGGAAAUUGGGGUGUCAGGAUCAAAGGUACGCCGCGGGAAGACGUGUCCCCCGAUUUGCGCACUACGGUUGUCUGGUACAGCUCCAUGGAGGGGUUAGGCAGCUUGGAAGUCGAGGCGGAAGAGGGCGAGACAUUUAGUGAGGGGGAUGUCGUGAUGAAGGGCCAGACGGUCGAGCUCGGCGACUUCGAACUCAGGGUUACCGAGGGCACUGGAGAACACCCGAGGACAGGCCAUCCGAGCGCUGAUGAGAAGCCGUUGGAUAAAACGUUGGUAAACAGUCUGCAGUUGCCGGAGGAGGCGCUGUGGCAGACGAAGGCGGUUCUAUUCGCGCAUCUAAAGAAACAGAUUGACAACCUGCUGGCCAUGUACCCAGAGGACAAUCCACCGCCGCCUGCCCAGAUCUAUACAAUUCAACAUGCUCCAGGACAAGGGAAUCUGCAUCUCGUGCAAAAGGUGUUUGAAGGCGCGUUCGAGUUCGAUGUGCUCUACUCGUCGGCCUCUGCACCCAGGCCCAUUACUUCCGAGGAUCUCACUCAGCAGAUCAAGUCUGUUACUACUAGCUUCUCCACCCGAUUUGCCGACAUCUUCAAGCCCAAGCCCCCUUUUCUCAAAGAGAGGUACGAAGAGUUCUCAAAGUCCUUGUUCUCAAACCUGAUUGGCGGUAUUGGCUACUUCUACGGCGACUCGCGCGUCGAUCGAUCCUAUGAUCCUGCCUAUGAGGAGGACAACGAGGGCUUUUGGGAAGAUGCUGCCGAAGCGCGGGGCAGGAACGCACCUGAGCUCGAAGGUCCAUCAGAACUCUUUACCAGCAUCCCAUCUCGGCCAUUCUUCCCGCGUGGCUUUCUAUGGGACGAAGGAUUCCAUUUGCUUCCUGUGAUUGAUUGGGAUGUGGAUCUUACCCUAGACAUUAUCAAGAGCUGGUUCAAGCUGAUGGAUGAAGACGGUUGGAUUGGACGCGAGCAGAUCCUUGGAGCUGAAGCGCGCAGCAAAGUCCCUCCUGAGUUCCAGGUGCAAUACCCGCAUUACGCGAAUCCCCCGACACUCUUCAUGGUCCUUACUGCCUUCCUCGACAAGCUAGACGCGCAAAAGAAAUCCUCAGAUUCCAGUGCCCAGAAAGUGCUAGCUGAGAAGUCAUAUUCCAUGCAAUUGUCCAACCGAGAAGCCGCCCUCGAAUAUCUCCGCACUCUAUACCCUCUCCUCAAACGCCACUACUUUUGGUUCCGCAAAACCCAAGCUGGCGACAUUAAAAGCUACGACCGCGAAGCCUUCUCCUCCAAAGAGGGUUAUCGCUGGCGUGGCCGCACUCCCCAGCAUAUCCUCACCUCGGGCCUCGACGACUAUCCCCGCGCGCAGCCACCCCAUCCUGGUGAACUUAAUGUAGACCUAAUCAGCUGGAUCGGCAUGAUGACUAAAUCCAUGCAGCGCAUCGCUGCGCAUCUCUCCGAAGAAGACGACGCCUCCGAGUUCGCAAAAUACUACGAAGCCAUCGUCCGCAACAUCGACGAUCUGCACUGGUCCGACAAAGCGCAAACAUACUGUGACGCUACCAUCGACGACUACGAGGAGAACUCGCACGUGUGCCAUAAAGGCUACAUCUCGGUGUUUCCGUUCUUGGUUGGACUUUUGCCGGCGGAUAGUCCAAGGUUGGGCGCAGUGUUGGAUACGUUGAGUGAUCCAGAGGAAUUGUGGAGUGAGUUUGGAUUGAGAAGUUUGAGUAAAAGUGAUGAGUUUUAUCAUACUGAGGAGGAUUAUUGGAGGGGACCUAUUUGGGUUAAUAUUAAUUAUUUGGCGGUGGUGAAGUUGUUGGACCUCGCACAAAUAAAAUCCCCCCACCAAUCCCGCGCAAAGAAACUUUACACCGACCUUCGCAAGAACCUCGUCAAGACCGUGUAUGAGAGUUGGAAGGAAACAGGUUUUGCAUGGGAACAAUAUAAUCCGGAGACAGGGAAAGGGCAGCGCACGCAGCAUUUUACGGGCUGGACCAGUUUAGUGGUUAAAAUCAUGGCAAUGCCGGACUUAGAAGGGGGCGAGAGGGUGAGAGAUGAGUUGUAGGGGUGAGCAGUGAGCAGAGAGGGUGAGGUAUGAUGUGGAUGGUGGAUUAUCCUGGUAGGUCUGAAUGGUCUAAGGCCUUUAUGGCAGGAUGGGUUGGUUGGGGAGAGGAGAGAACGACAUGUAUUAU